UAGAGCCGCAUGCUUGUUAUCAGUUCAGAAAGCAAGAUGGCAGCGCCCGGGAGAAAGGAAGUUUCGUCACCGGACGGACGAAGCAGCGAGUUGUUGAAAGCAAAUUCCCCUUCCGCUCCCCUGGCUAACGUCCCAACAGGCGUGCUGAUCUCAUUUGAGGAUGAUGUCAUGCCUGUACCUCCAAGAAGAAACAAAUCCCUUGUAAAGAAGUCUAAAAUGGAACCGGGCUGCGAGCCAAGCAAAUCCGAUCGGGGGGCGUUGCUCCCCUCCAUCAACCCGGAACUCUCCGCGAAGGAUUCUCCCGGUUUCAUAGCCGUUUCCGAUUCCGCGGGUGGUGGUUGCGACGACGACGUGAAAAGUGCCGCGAUCGCAGACAAGUCAAGUUGUGAAACUGCCGAAAUGGAGGAAGAUUUUCAAAAGGAAGGAAAUACAAACACAUGUCGUUCAGAGCUGAGACACAAUUCGAGUAGCAGUGAGGAUCAGUCAGUAAAGCUGUGUGGGUACCUGGACAAACAAGGAGAGAAAGGGCUCAUCAAAUCAUUCAAAACAAGAUGGUUUGUCUUUGAUGAUCAAAGAUGUCGUCUGUACUACUAUCGGACACCUCAAGAUGUCUCUCCACUAGGAUCAAUAGAUGUUGCCAACUCCUCCCUCACGUUCGAUGUUGCCAAUCCAGGAGCACACCGGCAAUUCCAGAUACACACGGAGGGCAGGACGUACAUACUUCAAUGCAAGGAUCAGCAUACCAUGAUGUUCUGGUUGCAGGAGCUACAGGAGAGAAGGAGAGCUUACAGCAGUCAGAAGACAUCACUUUCUAAAGAGCGAUCACUGACCAGAUAUUCAGUACUACAACCAUCGUCUGGUCUUCUCAGUACUCAAAGAAUGAAGGAAAAGAUGAACAGCUCUUGCUCAGAGUCUGAUAUCCCCCCUGUGAUGGCCUAUGUGGAACCUCCCAGGCAUUCAGUUGGGGAAGCUACGGCCAAUACCACUCAGAAAACGGGGAUGUUCAACUUAUCCCUGACAAGCAUUAAAUCAGACUUUCGAAAUCAGAUGUCAAAUUUUAGCAUGAAAUGGAAGUUGCAAUCGCCCAACAGCGAGACACCGCCCGAUGACUUCAACGGUGAAGGUAUGCAGACAGAUGCAGCAAAACAAGCUGAACAGAUCAAACAGAAAAGUUUUGAGAAGAAGGAUGUAGUGGGACACAUCGGAGGAGCAAAGUCAGCAUUUAAAAAAAAGCUAAGUACUGGUAAUAGCUCUGCUUUUGGGAAUCCAGCCUCACCACCAUCUAAACCUGCCAGUACAACCUGGUUUGAGGACUAUGACUGCAAAAACUGCCAGCAGCUCGUAGCUGAGGUCAAACAACUGAGUGAGGAGCUGUGUCUCGUGAGAAAAGAGUUGAACGAGAGUAAAGAAUUGAUAGACCUCCUUCAUAAGCAACUCACUGCCUCUCAAAUGCAGUCCACCAGCAAUCGUGAGUUUUCAUUGUGCCAGACGGACCAGGAGAAGCUUCACGUCGUCCAGAGGAAAGACAAACAACUGAUUCAGCUAGAACAACUCCUGCAGGAGAUCAGGCAGGAUAGAGACAGUUUCAAGAUCCAACUUGGCUCUUGCAAAAAGGAGGUGCGCGACCUGAGAGAGCAGAUCAACAUGUUCACUGAUCUCAUACAGGCUAAAGAUCAAGUCGUCAUGUCACUGACAAUGAGGGUCAGCGAACUUGAGAGGAACGAACCAUUAGUUGUAAAGACUGACCCACCUCUGGAAUUAAGUCAAGAAAUUGAGGGUAAUGUCAACCUAGCUGGAAACACCCCUGCUGAAGUAGUGGAGCAUGCUCUCCUCAACACACAGUCCUAUGUAGACCCUAUGGAAUAUGAGACUUUGAAGGACUCAGCGACAGCGUUUGAGAUUCAGAAUAAGUUCCUGAAUAAAGAGAUCUUAGAGCUGAACCAACUAAGAUGUGAUGCUAUCACCAGAGAGAAAUUACUCCUAGAGAAAUAUAUUUACAUGGAAGCCGAUUUUUGCAAGACUGAGAGUAAAUACCUUCUACUUCUGAAUGAGGUCAGAGGGCCACAGAGAGAAAAAGGAAGUAAGGAUUCUGAUGAUAUCAUUUCUAAACUGCUGGCCGAGGCCAUGGAUUCUGAAAUAGGCGAGGAGAAGACAAAGUCUUACUCAGAAACAGCAAAAGAGCAAUUGUUUGAUAAGUAUGGUUUCAUCAGGGAUCACAAGGCAGAGAUCGAAGAGGAAAACGCCCUCUUGAGUCAAGCGGCAAAGCUACAGAGGAGGUCAGAUGAAAUCAAGUCUAGACAUUCUACACUAGAAGUAUCUAGAGCAGUGAAAUGGGAGAACUAUGUUGUCGCUCAUCCGGAGAAGGAACUCAUCAUGACGCCUGAACUGAAGUCUCUGAUUAGAGGUGGUAUACCACAUGAAUAUAGAGCAAGGCUUUGGAAAUGGUGUGUGGACUUGCGUGUCAGGCAAGAUAAAGAAACAACAGGUGUGGGCUAUUAUCAAAGGCUACAAAACAGUAAGAGCUUCAAGUCCAGCCCAGCAACGAAGCAAAUAGAGCUUGAUCUUUUGAGGACACUGCCAACAAACAGACACUAUGAGAAAAUGGAAUCACAGGGGAUCCCCAAGUUGAGGAGAGUUCUUCUUGCAUACAGCGUACACAACCCAGCCAUUGGAUACUGCCAGGGAUUAAAUCGAGUUGCUGCCAUAGCUUUGCUCUACCUAGAGGAAGAAGAUGCAUUUUGGUGCCUGAUAGCUAUUGUGGAGUACAUCAUGCCAAUGGACUACUACAGCAAGACGCUGAUUGGUUCUCAGACGGAUCAAAGAGUUUUCAGGGAGCUUCUUGCAGAGAAAAUUCCGAGACUCCACUCCCACUUUGAGGAAUACUCAAUUGACCUUUCGUUGGUGACCUUCAACUGGUUUGUGACCUGCUUCUGUGAUAACAUUCCUGCAGAGACGAUGCUUCGAAUCUGGGACACAUUUUUGUCGGAGGGAAACAAAGUUCUCUUUAGAUACUCCCUGGCUGCGUUCAAGAUCUUUGAGGAAGAACUGCUGAAACAGAACGAUUACCUCAGGAUCUUUGCCGUCCUACGACGAAUGCCAGAGAUGCUGACAGAUGUACAGAAACUUACGCAGAUUGCCUUUGAUGAGCUUAAUCCAUUUCCAAGGAGACAUAUCAACAACAAGAGAACCAUCCAUCGAGCACAUGUCAAGCAACAACUUGACGAGCUUGAGGCCAUCAGAGCAGAGUUUGUUCCGCGGCAUUCGCAGAAUGGGGAUGAUCUUGCCAGCGAUGAAGAGGAGGAUUACGACCAGGUCGAGGCGUUAGGAGGAGCUUCCUGAAUGAGGGUGUUUCACAAAGCCUUUUUUGACAAAUAUCAGUGACAAAUCUGCCAAGAACCAAUCAGAAGCAAGGAUUUCACUAGCUUAUAACAAAAACUGUCAUUUGUCACUGAUGACAAGUUUUUGUGAAACGCCCCCCUGGAGGGUGUUUCACAAA